AUGAGAUGUACAUUGCUUCGACGUUUCCAGUGCGCAAACGUAACGAAUAUAAAAUGGCUUAAUUUACGAGCUGUGAGAACCAUUACCAGAAGAAUUUCCACCUAUGAUCCAACAAAAUCCCCACUAGCCUUACCGCGACAGAAUAAUCAGUUGCUAUCGCUAAAGCCAAUAACACCAAGUGACGCAUACGUAUCAUGUACCGUAUUCAAUGGGAGAGGUGAUGUGACUGCAGUGUCAGAAAAAUUCCCAAAAUGGGCCUUUUUGAGAGAUCAUUCACUGUAUCCCCGCGAUCUUCGAAAAAUUGAUACCACUGCGAUUGAUAUUAUUCCCAGUAUAAUUGUCAAGAAAUCGUGCAUAGUAAUCAAUAUGCUACAUAUAAAAGCGCUCAUCGAAAAGGAUCGUGUAUUUGUAUUCGAUACUGUAAACCCUUCAGCGGCAGCUAAAUUAGGUGUCCUCAUGUAUGAUCUGGAAUCAAAAUUGUCUUCAAAGGAUAACAGUACGGGGAGCUCUUCAAUACAAUUUUAUGAACACAAAGCCCUAGAAAGCAUGCUUAUAAAUGUAAUGAGUUCUUUGGAGACUGAACUUAAACAUCACAUGAGUAUUUGUGGCCAUAUACUAAGUGAAUUAGAGAAUGAAGUCAACAGGGAGCGCUUGCGAGAUCUGCUCAUAAAAUCAAAGAAUUUAACUUCAUAUUAUCAAAAAUCCUCAUUGAUUAGGGAUGUUUUGGACGAACUACUAGAGAAUGAUGACGACUUAGCCGCGAUGUACUUAACAGUGAAAAAGGAACCUGAAGAAGACGAUUUUGCGGAUUUAGAAAUGUUGCUAGAGACUUACUAUACUCAGUGUGAUGAAUACGUACAACAAGCCGAAGCCCUAAUUCAAGAUAUCAAAUCUACCGAAGAAAUCGUCAACAUCAUUUUAGAUGCAAAUAGAAAUUCUCUCAUGCUUUUAGAAUUGAAAGCUACAAUAUACACGUUGGGAUUUACUGUUGCCACAGUAAUUCCAGCUUUUUACGGCAUGAAUCUAAAAAACUUCAUAGAAGAAAACAACUAUGGAUUUGGUGUUAUUGUUUUUGCAUCCAUUGUAAUGGGACUGUUUGUCACGGGUGCAAACUUUCGUGUUCUGCGGUCUGUUACGAGACUGACGAUGCUAAAUAACCAUACUGGUUCUCAAUCCUUACAGCAUAAACAAUUGGCAUCUAAAUAUGCAGAGGAAUACAUACCAUCAUUAUGGCAAAGAUGGAAAAGUUGGGCUGGUGUAGUGUGGCAUGGGAAGUCUCGUUCCAUGAAUUAUGGUCAGGGUAAAGAAGAUAGAGAUGUAAUCUGGAGGUGGCUAUUGGAUGAUGAAAAAAAAUGA